UAAGACAGCUCAUUUUUAUCUUCUUUCCCCAUGAAUUAGCUGAGUAAUGUAUCGUAAAGAUGGAACGCUGAUAUGAUGUCGAGAAUCGGCUUUUCCAUUGUCGAGUGGAAGUGUUGCAACGUGUUGUUUGCUGAUUAGACUUUUAGAAAUCGUUAAUAACCUUCAUGUGAAGUGCUGUAUCUGCUGCGUGUGCACAGGCAGGUUUGAACUACAUCUCUGCACUCUAUGCAUAUGUUUGGUGCUUUGGACAUUGAGUCCACUUUAAUUUAGCUGUAUGUUCUCAUAUUCAUAUGCUGAUUGUUUUAUAUCCUUAAACUAGGGCUGCCACAAUUAUUUUCAUGACAGAUUGAUAUGCUGAUUAUUUUCUCGUUUAAUCGAUCUAAUGUUUCCCCUAAAACAUUGUGAAUUUUUUUCGUAUUAAAAAUUCACACAGUCAAGGUUGACUAGAGCCUAACUAAUAUAUUGGUCAACUGACAUUAACAGCAGAUAUUGGCCUAUCACAGAUAUAUUUGUAUCAGUGUAUUGUCCAAUGUGUGCCAAUAUAUUUAUUAUUUUUUAAAGUUACUUAGGCAGUAUUUUAUGUAUAUUUGACAUUUUAAACUCCCUAUAAUGCUAUAGCCCAUGAUAAAUAAUUGUGUCUACUCUCUUGCUGUUUUAUACCUUGAAUGUGUUACAACUUAUACUUCAUUAAAAACUUUGACUUAUGCAUUUCAACCCAAUAUGUAGCGUAUUAAGUGUCCAAUAUACAUUUUAGUUUGCUGGCACCCCCCUUUGUGGCUGUGUAUAAUAUAAUACCAGGACACAUUUUAGUCUUUAGAAUCCAAUUUUCACUGCUACACCUCUUUUAAAUGUAGUUUUUCAUAAUCAUCCAAAGGUUAUAGGGUCAGGUACCCAACACUGCAGCAGAGAACACAAUGAAAAAGAAUGAUCUCUGUAAAAUAUUAAAGUUCAUCUGUAGCCAAGUUAAUACUGCAGAUCUCUCCUACAGAUGAAGGUGAUACAGCACUCUGUGGAGACACUGAAAACUGCUUUGGUCUCUAAUAAUCAGGACUUGGCUAAACUUUACAGUAAAUACACAAAAGAAGAACAGCGUCUUCUGGAGGAGGGAUUCCACCCAGGGCAGCCUGGUUCCCUUUUCCAGCCGAUCACAGUGCAUUCUGACUCAGACUGGAUCCCCGCUCACCCCGAGGAGCCUCAAGACUUCGGGAACUUCUACAGAGACCCUUACCGCAAGACACCCAAUGCUAGCCACAAUACAAUUUACAUUCAGACCAUAAGUUCCUUUGGAGAGGUAGGUGCCCACACAGACCAGUAUGUGGAGUGGCUCAGAGAAUAUUCGGUUACUGUUGCUGAAACAGGGUGCUCUUUCAGGGUUAACAGUAACUCGCACAACCUUCAGAUCCUCACUGGUGACCUGCUACGAUUUCUGGGGAACAGGAAACCAAAAGAUGCUUUUUGUAUUGUUGGAAUCACAAGGAUUGACCUCUACCCCAAAGACUCCUGGAAUUUUGUCUUUGGACAGGCUUCUCUCAGUAUGGGAAUGGGUGUCUUCAGCUUUGCCAGGUAUGAUGACAAUUUCUACACCAGAAGUUAUGCUGGGAGGCUGAAGAAACGGCUUCAAAAGCAAGGGGACUAUUCUGUGUUUGACGGAUAUUACACUCCCCCCAUCACCAGUACCCUGCUGCUUCGGUCCUGCAAGACCAUGACCCACGAGAUUGGCCACAUGUUCGGAAUAAAGCAUUGCCAGUGGCUGAACUGUGUCAUGCAGGGCUCCAACCACCUGGAGGAGUCUGAUCGUAGGCCCCUUGACUUCUGUCCCAUCUGCCUUCGAAAGCUGCAUGUCUCAAUUGGCUUUCAAAUAACCCAAAGAUACAAGGCCUUACUGCACUGGAUGAAGGAAGAUCAGAGUCAAAAAUCCACUCAGGAGGAGGCUUCUGCCUGUCAGUCUGCACUCCACUUUCCCAAACCCACUGAAGCCUUUCAUACAUCCAAACUGUGGCUCCGCAGGUGCCUGGACAUACUGGGAGAAAAAUGA